AUGUUCCAGGCGUUUCCACUGCAGCACAAGAAGAUGACGCGGCUUUCACUGCCAUUCCUCAAGGUUGGUGCCUGCGAGGUAUUGAACUCUGCCACUAGGGACCACAUGAGCUCCUUCGCUGUCCACAACACACGCAACCGCGGCGCCCAUGUUGUCGCGACCAACACUGGCUGUGGCAGCAUCAGCCCCGAAGCUGUCGCCCCACCAUCGACGUCACCUGUUCCGUUCAUGUCAGAUGUGGUGGCUGGCGGCUUGUGUGACAGUUUCACCGGAAGUCAGUGCUCUCGUUACAUUGGGAACUAUCUCGCUCGUGCCCUGGGUAUUCACUGUGUGCUGCCGGAAGGCAUCGCGCAGCUCCGCCGCGAGCUAAAGGAGGACCCUAUUAUCGAUAUAAUGAUGUCUGCGCUCUCUUGUGAGCGUUUGCUACACAGUAGAAAGUCACACACCGACAAAAACGCGCCGUUCGGGUUUCGUCGUGUGUUCUCUGAGCGGGAAAUGCAGCAGUACGCCAUGUUUGCCGAUAAUGCGUUUAUGAAUGCGUGUCGCAGCAGUGAGACAUUGGAGGGGUUAACUGAGGAAAAUGCGCUGCGGAAUAGCGAGGCGGCCAACUGUGGGUGCCGCGCAGUGUGGUUCACAGCCAGCGUAGCACCUUUUUUGCCCCAUGUAGAAGAGCAGCGCGAGCGAAAGCAGGAGAUGCGCCAGGGCGAUACCGCCCUACCUUCUAUGCAAGGCGAAGCAAAAACACAAGGGUCCAAAAACACCGGGAAUGGGUGCAGAGUCGCGCCGCCGACGUCACCCUUCUGCCUCGACGUGCUGGUAAGCAAUGUUGGGGACUCACGUGCAUUUGGUAUAGCGCGCCAUGUGCCGUUGUCGGGCGUCCGCGGUCCUUGGGACGCGACGCGGGAGCCUGUGAUCCCGUUGAGCUCAGAUCACAAGCCACUUCGAACGCAGGAGCUUCGUCGAAUUCUUAGCGCUGGCGGAGUUGUGCGGUCUGACGUGGGCGAUAUCAUUGACGGAAAUCCUUUUUAUAACGUCUCCAGAAGCUUUGGGCAUUGGUCAAUGAAAUCUGACCCACGGAGACCACCGAGCGAGCAGAAAAUUAUUGCAUUGCCAGAGUGCAGUUCCUGGGAAAUGAUGCCGGGGGAUGUGUUGGUCCUUUGUAACCAUGCGACGUUUGAGACGCGUUGCAUGGAGGAAUCCUCGAUGGAUGAGAUUGCCAAACUUGUUGGGCGUGAAAUUGAUCGCGGGGCUGCUCCAGAAGAGGCUGCUGCCGCACUGUGCAACUACGCUGUUCGGUUUGGCGCCGGACACUCACUGCAGGUGAUGAUUGCCGUCGCGACGGCCGUCACCUCCGCUCAUGCACCGUGCGAGGCGCCAAGGCAGGAAUGGGUAGUUCCCGGACCCAUCUACGCAGAGCCGUGCCGUCGGUCACCGGAGUACCGAAAAGCGUUACUGGUCGACUGUGAGCGAUGUGGAGUGUCGUUGGCAGAACUUCUGGAAUUGCGCUGGCGUCAAGUGAGAAACCUACUUCCAUCCCGCCAUGCUCUCCCAUUGAUGGCGUACUACGGGAAGGAGUGUUCCGUCCUGCAGCAAAUGAUGGACGAAGAAGCUCUCUUGUUCACGCAUGGAUCUCUGCCCCCUGAGGGCUGCAGUGAGGACGCGUUGGUGAAAUAUGACAAGGGGCAGAUGCGGAGGACGUUUGAGAAAAUCGCCAACUCGCUUCUGGCUCCAAACGGCCAGUCAGUGGCGGACAGUCCAGGCUGA